AUGGAGUCGGGUGAGGUCAGAAGGCGGUUCGGCCGGUGCCCUUACUGCCGCGCCAUGAUCUACCAGGACCCCGAGGCGGUCAUCUACUACUGCACCAAAUGCCGCACCCCGAUCAGAGGCAAGAAACCUGAGCCGACGGAAGACAUGAACCACGCGCUGAGCAGGCUGGAGAUCCUCUCGGCCGACACCGCGUCGGUGUUCUCCGACGAGCUUGACGCAUGUCUCAAGCAGGCUUCGGUUCUCGACGUCCACGGCAACCAGCCUCCGUUGUUCGGCAACCCCAUCUUAACCGCGAACAGCCGCGACGAUGCCCGUGUUUACUCGAAUGGGCAUGAUGAGCACCGGCCGUUAUCUCGGCGGACAAGGCGAUCGGCGUGUUCCGACUCGUUCGUUCUCCGUUACGGCGUGUUCAUGUCAACGCAUUCGGAGACGGAGGGCGGGUUGUCUUCGCCAAGAAACGCGUGCGGACGGCAGCGCCGGCGAUCUCUCGUGGGCUUAGAGGAGGUCGAGACGUCUAUUGUCAGGUCGAGACCGGCGGCGCCCCGUGUCGCGCCGUCGUCGCCGCUGACGGACCCGGCGUUCCAAAGGGAUCUGCUCCGUUCGCUCGACAGCCUCCGCGGCCUGAUCGUCGCCAUCGAGCCGGCGGCGUCGGUCGGCGCGAGAGCGGCGGCGGCGCGGCGCGGCGCUCGAUUCUUCCGCCGGCUGGAGUCGCACCUCGCGCAUGCGCUGCCUCCCCAGGAGCACGCCCCGCGCCGGAACGCGGGCGGCAGCAGCACCGGCUCGUCGCCGUCUUCGGCGUCGUCCACGGCCGGCGGGCGCAGCGAGCGGCGGAGGCACCACCACUGUCGUCCGGUCUUGGGCGGCGCCCCGUUCCUGGUCUGCGGCAGCUGCUCCGAGCUGCUGCAGGUGCCGGCGGCGACGCUGCUGUCACGGAGAAAGGUCGCCAGGCUGCGGUGCAGCGGGUGCGACGAAGUGCUCGAGCUGACGGCGCCCGCGGGUGUUGCUGGGUCGGCACCGCAACAGACGACUCCGACGUCGUCGUCCGCGCUGCCGGAGUCUGAUGAGCCAGGCAGUUGCAACAGCAGCGAGCGUUGUGCUGGCGCGCAGCCGCUGCACCGAGCGUUGGGGUACAGUUCACCGAGCCCGCUUCUGCAGAGCCGGCGCUACUGA